CACACGGACAGUUUAAACCGCCGGAUAUGACGUUUAGGGUGAAAACGUUGACUUUUUUUGCACAGUUGGCAUGGGCUUCGGUGAUAAACAAAGCUUUUGGGGUUAAUUUAUUCUCCUUUCUGUAUUUUAAUAGUUACUCCACGUUUGUUUUACGUUUUAAAUGCCUUUCUAAGUCGUGAUGGAUAACGAAGUUCCUACUUGUUUUCUUUUGGGAGACGUUCACUUGCAAAAUUGGAGACAAUGAAGAGAAAAGUAGCCAAAUUAAGACCGAGCCCCAAUGAAGAGGCUCGGUUAAUAAGAGAGGAGCAUGAAAGGAGGAGAAAACUGCGCAUACAGCAGGUGCGGGAGCAGCAGCGGUACAUUUCUCUGCAGAUCUGCCGAGAGGUGCAGCAGAGACGGCAGCUGGAGCUGGAGCAGCUGGCGGAGCAGCUGAGGCAAGACUGGGAGCAACAGCAGAGGGAGAAGCUUAAUACGCUUCAGAGGUUGUACCAGGAGAGCCUCCAGCUUCUCGGGCAGGGACACAGGAGUGCAAAAGAAAAUGAACCUGACUUAGCAGCUCUUGCUCAGAGGAAGGAGGAGAAUUACACCAAAGCAGAGGAGCGUUAUCGAGAAGCCCUGAAAGAGCUCAAAUCACAGAGGCUUAAAGACCAUGAGAUGCACAUGCGCUCCAUCAAUGCCAGGAAGAUGGCACUACAGACUGAAAAGGAAAGGGCAGCGAAGGUGGCCAGUCUCCCGCCGCCUCCACCAAACCCCAUUCAGUACAUCGAUUCCAAGAAGCCACAUGUAGUAAAGAAAUCGGAUGUGAGCGCCUUCGCUGCCACGCAUUACCACAUGCCUGUGAGCACAGUGGACAGAGAGGUGGACACACAGCAGCCUAGUGCCCAUGAGGAAGCUGAGCUGGAAGUGAGGAGACUGCAGGACUUACAGAGGGAGGAGAAAAGGAGGAGAGAGGAGCAGCUGGAGAAGGCUCGUCUCAGAGGGAAGCAGGCUCUGCGCAGGGAACAGCUCGUGCAGGAUCGUGAGCGCUUGCUUGUUGAACUCGAGCACAUGCAGCAGACUGACCUGCUGAGGAGGAGACAGCAGGUAUCACAGAUGCCUCCUCAGAUUUUCCAGCCACUCUAUAAGAGACAGGAGAUGAGGGAGGACUUCCAGCGGGAGAUGGAGUUUGCCUUUGAGGACAUGUAUACUGGAGAGAGGAGGGUUAAAGGUGACCUAGUGGUCCAGUUGAUGCCCGAGCCUCUGCCAGCUCAGUCCGCAGGCAGCCAGGACCAAGAGCUGGAUGUCACGCUGGAUGAAGUCGCUACACCGGAAACAGAAGAAACACAACAUGACACAGAGCAAGAAUCCGGAAGCAGUGAGCAGGAAGCAUCUGCUGAAGUGAAGCCUUCCAAACCUGCUGCUCGACGGGCCCUGAAGAAACUCCUGGAUCGUAUCAGGAGCCAGAGGAGCCAGUGGACUGACCAUAACAGUCAUGUCCCGGCUGCUGAUUCACCCGCCGCCACCAGUGAUCUGAUCCCAGAGCGGGACACGACCAUUGACACCGGCUCGUUGACCAGCGAGGAGAGGGACAGACCGCCUCCUACCAGGCUCCUUCAGCCUGCACGCUCCCCACCAGCCUUGGGAAUGACAGAGCACCCAUCUGCAGAUCCUCUCCUUCCCGGUGUACUUCCCAACAGAAUCCAAGAAUUUGAAGAAGAACAAAAGAAGAGGGAAAAGGAACUCGAGAAGGAGAAGCAGCAGCAGAUGGUCUUGCUCCAGGAGCUGGACGAGCAGAAGGCCAAACUGGAGCAGAUGCUGCUUGAAGCUCAGCAGGAGAGAGAACAUCUGAAGACUGCUGUGACACAGGAAGUCCCUGUUAACCAGCUAGGAGUGCCUGUCCGUGAUCUGGAAGUCACCUCUGUCACGCCUGGUCCAGCCACUGAGCUGGUGCCUCCUGCAGCUGAAGACGACCACAGCAGGAGGAUCAGAGAAUACCAACUACGCCUGCUGGAACAAAACAGAGUUCACAAGAGGUCAGUGGAAGUAGCCCGCCAGCGCCUGGAGGAAUACCAACGUGCACUACGAAUUCGUUUCAACACGAAGUCCACAUCACUGCUGCCUGCUGUGGUGGCGCCAGGCCUCAGUCAGCCACCUCUGCACAAAACCCAGUCUGUUACACUCUCUACUGCUCCUGCAGUGCCUGAUUACAUCCAUGCUAAACCACAAACCUCUGUGGAGGUUCCCACCAGAAACUCUGACAUGUUGGCUUCAUCUCUCCAUGUUCCUGGCUCUAGUCUGAGAGUAGGAUCCGAGUUGCUGCCGGAUGAAGUGGAAUCUAUUUCUAAUGGUAACCAGAGACGGGAUGUCACUGCCUGGCUGACUGACAACAUCAUGGAGAGAGUAACCGGGCACCUUCCAGAGAGAGUGAGGCCCUCUUCGGUCACCACGGCGCCCCUGCCUUAUAGACCAUCCACAACACAUCAGUCAUCCAGCGUCUCACUCCAGUCUGCCUCUGAGCCCGUCCGAGCCAUGAGCCCAAACAUCACAAGUGGCGCACAUAUGGCUCCAGAACAUGCGGGUGCUAAGCCUAGGACCUUGCUGCAUGGCGAUCUGCAGACAGGGUCCCUGAGCUCCAGAGAGGACGACAUGGAGGAGCAGAGACGAGAGCUGCAGGAAGUCCAGAGACGGGUGCUGGAGCAGAGGGAGGAAGUGACACUGCGACAAAGGCAGCAAGAAGAGCAGCGUCAGAGACGAGAAGUGGAGAUGCAGCAGAUGAGGCAACAAAAGGAGACGCUACAGGCUCUGAUUCUUACUGAUACACAACCAGUUCCAGAGGCUGCAGGUGAAGCGAUGGGUUCAGAGAGCAUCAGUCGCCUCAAACUACUUGCAUCACUGCUCAGAGCUAUAGAAGAGUCUAAUGGAGGAACGUUAUCGCAUCUAGAAGACCCUCAGGAGGCAGAUGGCGCCCGUCAACAGCCGCCAUCUAGCAGUGGUGAGAAAGAUACAGUUACCCAGAGCAGGGUUUCUGCUGGACCUUUCUCAGCAUCAGUCCUCCCCUCAGGACUUCUCUCUCCUCCUCAAACAGCGAAUCCCCCACUGACUCGCAUCAGGCCAGGAAUCAUGGGCAUGAUGUGUGAACAGCAUGAGCUCAGUGCUAUUCAAGAGGUGGAGACGCCCAUCGACACAAGCCAAGUCACAGGCCUGGAGGAUAGCGUGGCGGUUCCUUCACACACUGUAGACAGGGAUCCACAGGAGGAAUCUGGCUCAGGGACGUCCAACCAUCUCAUCUGGAGAGAGCGGCUGCUGAUGGGAGCAGGGACAUCUCCAGAAUCCUCCGAGCCUGAUUCACCACUUUCCUCUGACUCGGGGAGAGGAGCCGACUACUCUGGUGGUGCAGUCACAAGCCACAGAUCCUGGACAGAGUCUCUACGUAGGCUUGCGGAUUCCGACAGCUUCUCAUCCACCACCAUCUCCACCGGCAGCUACAUCACCACCGAUCCUGACCAGAACCCUGAUAAAUCCCCACCCACCAUCCACCGUGAGGAACAAAGAAGAGAGACGGUUUUACCCGACUUCACUCCUUCCAGUCAAGGCUCCUGUACUGAGGACUGCUCGGCUGCUGCCUGUCUUGCCGGAGCUCUGUUUAAUGACAGCAGCAUCCAGCACAUUAUAGACAGAUACAGGAGGGAGCUCAGCAUCUGCCUGAGCACUUCUGGGAGAACCACAGAUACUGAAGGCUCGUGUGUGCUGAAACCUGGCUCUCCAGUCUCACAGCAGUCUUUGGUCCAGGCCUCAGAGAGGAGGCCGGGGUGUGACAGCUCUGUGGGUCAUCGGUCUCCUCCCUCGGACGCAGCACGGACACAAAGGAGUCUCCUGGAACAGAACAACAUGGUCGAUCCAACCCUGGAGCGUGUUACAGGCGAGGACUCAGAGCAAAACUCAUUCAGACCUCUGAUUGGCCAGAUGGCAGACGAGUCAUCCUGUCUCAUCGGUGACCAAGGGGACUCGGCCAUGGAGCAACUGGUCGGUCACCCAUAUGCUCACUCAUCCGUGAUUGGUCAGCUGCCAGGAUGGGAUUCCACUCUGAGUCGGAUGAUUGGUCGACUCUCCCACCAGUCCAGCUCUCAUUGGCUGAGUGGGGGCCAGGAAUUUUAUACAGGUCAGCUGCUGGGUCAGACAGCGUUGGAGCGGUCGAGCACAUGGAUGGAAGGAGGUCAGGAGGACGACCAGAUGAGGCCACUGGUCGGGGAGCUGGAUGAUCACAGUGCAAACUCAGGUGAAGGAACCUGUGUCGGUGUCUCAGCCGAGGCUCUUGUGCCAUCAGGCCCAGUGCUGCCUCCUGCAGCCUCGUCACACAGGGCGUUUGUUCCAGGUGUGAAUCCUCAACCACAGGAGCUGCAGAACCAAAGCAGGCCAAUGGACCUGGGCUCUGAGAGGACCGAAGUUUUUCAUUCAUUCCACCCACUGCUGGCUGAGGUCACCCACAAUGACACAGCAGAGCCCUCCAUGACCUUUCACCUGCCUGAACAUGAAGUGCCCAACUCUCCGGAGGGACAGCCAGCCAGUGGGCCGUUCAAUGUUUCAGUACCUUCUGAAGGGUCUGAGUUCCACACUGAUGGCUCUGAAUCACCACCUGAGCACCUUCGAUCAGAGCAGCAGUCUGGCCAUCUGACAACUUUACAUGAAUCCUUCUCCCACCUCAUCACCUCCCAGUGCCAUCCCCUUGACUCUGCCAUCUUGGUGUCUCCCAUCACGAGGACAGAUAUGGAUCAGACGGUGUUGUGUCCGUUGGAUUUAACCAUGUGUGAUGCUGCACCUGCUCUGUGCGUGCCUCAGCCAGAGGGACGGGGAGCAGACAGAGACUGCAUCUCUGAAAGGCCUGGAGAUCCAGCCCCAUUCAGUGACCUCAAUGCUGAAGAACAUAAGUCUGAGCAGGGUUCAAACCUGAACAGUGAUGGUCACGUUUCUGAUAAGAUAACGGAAGUGGCCAGUGAGAAGGGGAUCCUGGAGCAGUCCGAGAUAACAUUAGUGAGCCUGACAGACACCACGCUGCAGGACCAAGACACGGCCAUCGCUGAGGAAGAUGGAAUGUGGGGAGACGAACAUCCAGAUGUGGUGAGGGAGGAAGGACAGAUCAGCUGCCAGACAGAGGGCUCACAGUUCACAUCGUUGCCGGAGAAGAUGGCAGAAGAAAAGAACCAGAUGGAUCCAGUAUGGUUCCUGGAGGUCCAGUGGGGUCCCAGCCAAGAGCUGCAGGAGGUCUGCCAGCAGAAACGCACAGCUCUGCUCCAGAGAUCUUCUCGCAGGGUAGAAGAAAUCAAAGCCAAAGCGGCUCUGGCCAAGGUUCAGCCUGACAUCCAGGCUGGGUCUGAAGCCAGAGAGCAGUCUAAAGCUGGGGAAUCUCAGCCACUCACCUGUGAGGCAAAGACUAAGUUGGGACCUCAGCAUAAGACUAAGGACAAGUCAAAGGAAGCACCAGCUGAACAGCAGCAACCUGUGAGUGAUUCCAGGCAGAAGAAGGUGGACGAGAUGAAGAUUUACACAACAGAGCAAAGGAAACGGGAAGUUUCCAAGAUGCACCAGAGAACUCGGAGACUGUAUGAGCAACUGGAGGAGGUGAAGCAGCAGAAAGCGAUCAAGAGCAGACACGAAGCUUAUGCAAACAACAGACUGAAGGCUAGAGAGUUCCACAAGAAAACCUUACAGAAGCUUCGUGCCCAGCAGUCUCGCCGGUGACUGACGUUUGAAUGUGUUCUAGUUUUACUUUGUUUUAUCAAUAAAGCAUUUAAGUUAUUUGAAUCACUUCCUGUUUUUUUAACAAAUAUGCAGUCAUAGGUUCAACUCUGCUAACUUUUCAAUUGAGUUUAAUAAGAUUCAUGAAGUCAUUUACAGUCAUAUAAAACCAGCUGUUACAGCAAUGAACCCAGAACAAAUCCACAAAAGCAGAGUUCACACAGGGACGAGUGAGGUCAGUUCAGAUUCAGCUCAUGCCAAGUGCACGUUGCUGCAGGGGAAUAUAAAACAGUCAUUUAUUGCUGAUCCUAGGACUGACAUACCAAGCCAACAUCAAGGAACUAGUGGCAACGAAGGCAGACUGCUGCAUAGCCUCAUCAUCAUUCAUGACCUGUUACUAAUCAAGUGUCUAAGGAGUUGCAAACAGCUUUGGGGUUGUCAGCAGUAUGAGAUCUGCAGUCCUAGUUCGUCGUCCUUUCCUUUUUUUGAAAGACUAAUACAGAGUACUGCCACCUGCUGGUGUGGAGCGUUGUCGCCACUCACACAGGCACAGAACACACAUGCUAGUUAGCCACUUUCUUGUUCCCAUGGAGGUGAAGCAACUGUUGGCUUGGUCUCUGUCUGUUCUUAACCUAAUUUUUUUUUU